AUGAUCGUCGAAGCCACGUCAACACCAGGGGAAAAGAAAAACAAGAAAACUGCUACCAACCUUCUCGCGACACAUCUUCCCUCUGCUUUCACCGCGUCCGACUUGUCAGAAGCAACACUGGAAGAAGCCCUGCCUCAGAUAUUGCAACAAUUACAUCAAGACCUAGCUGCAAGCAGUCGCUGGUGUGAUAGUAUCCACCAGGAAAUUCACAUCAAUGAACCUUCCACCCUUCCAGUUGGACAACGGCACAGACUUCGCCAUUAUAUUCGUCCAACCCGGAUGCAUUUAAGAGGUCCCCAUCUGCAAAAGAUCUCUUAUUUCGGUCCGCAUCUGCAAAAGAGCUUAGAGCUAGCUGUCACAAUCUGCUCCUAUCGCCGAUGUGAGAAGGGCAAAUGGACGUAUUCGACUUUGAUUUGA